AUGCCGCCAAAAGGAAAAGAGAAAUCUACCUCGCCGUCACUUGAUGAAACGCUUGGGGAGAUGGAUGAUGUGGGAAUGGAUGACGAUACUGCUGGGCUUCAAAACGCUCAGGACGCGGCAAUAGCGUUGGCUAUGCAGCGGAGAUUGUGGGGUGAUGCCGAGGAAGACGGAGAGAAUCAUGGUUCUGAGUCUGAGAGAGUGGUAGAUGAGUUUGAUGACUUAUUCGACGAGUUGCCGGAUGACAUGCUCAGCGACCCGCCUGACAACGCAGGUGGUGAAGAACAGCCGGAUAACGCCCCAAUCGAUUCUGCAAACGAUGCAGAGGAGCCAGCGCCUGCCGAAACCCCACCCCCCGUCCUAACGGCUGCUGAACAACAAGCGGAAGAUCAGGAACGAGCAGAUGCGAUCGUCGAUAUAGGCCAAAACUGGGGUCCAGACUUUGCCACGAUGGGAAACUGGAUAGCAGACAACAACUGGCUCCAGGGUAAAACAGACAAUCUCACGGAACAGAACUGUGAGAUCGACACUAUUCGCGGGUUCCGAAGCUUGUCGGAGUUGACCAAGGGUCAAGGUCGAGACAUAAGACACCAAAUCGAACAGUUUUACCUGAUACGAUGGACCAAAGGACGCGCGCGGCCUAUAGGCAAAUUCCGGCACGAGAAACAGGUGAGCUUGCGCGAGGAUUUGAGAAGACUGCGUGAAGGGGAGUGGGUGAAGCCAGAGAACGAGAAGAAGCCAAAGAAACGCAAGGGGAAAGCUGCGCGGAAGACGACACCCCGGAAGAGAGCGAAGACCAAGGCUAGCCGUCAAGAACCAGUUGAUGAAGAUGAUGAGGAAACUUCCGACUCAUCUCCAGAUGAGAUACCCCCGACAGAACCAAUCAAGGAGAAACGAAAGACAAAGGGAGGGAAGAAUGCGAACGAUGCAGAAAAGACCGACGAAAACGAAUAUUCUACUACCAGUAUCACGUCAGAAGCACAGAGAGAUGCUGCGCUUCGACGGAUAUAUCAUAACUGGCAGAUAAGCUCGCUGCACGGGCACUUCCACGCCAGGCUGCACGAAGACGAUGUUAGCGACGACAAAGAUAUCGAAUGGAGCGUCAUCGAGCUGCUUCGCGACUUGUCCGAGGUUAGCGCUACCCACGCGCAGGGUGAAGAGAUCAGGGAUGAACUCGAAGCACACCUGAGAGAGAUGGAUGAGUAUGACCUGGCGUCUCUCCAUCGCAGGAUAACAAUUACUGGUCAGGACUAUCAUACUGCGGCGGAGAAACGAGCAAAGGAAGAAAAGGAAAGACGACGUCAGGAAGUGGCCGAAGAAAAACGCCAAAGGCUAGCUGCAGCGAACAACAAGGACAAUGGCGAAGGACCAGCAGCCGAAGCUGAAGAUGAAGAUGCCGAGAAGCGGCCAGCCGGUACGAGAUCAAACGGAGCUCAAAGUCAGCGAACCACCUCGCGCAGAACUAGAGCGAGUGUCGCAGCCGAAGCUCGUAAACAGGCUCAAUCAGCAGGAAACAACUCUUCACAGUCACUGGUAGUUAAAUUGAAAGUACCCCCCGGUGCACUUGGAACAGGCGGGCCAACAGCUGGCGAAGCAUCAAGCGCCGCUCAGUCGGGCAGCAAGGCAAAGGCCGCGACUAGGGAACGCUCAGAGUCUGCAGUCCAGCAGGAAGGAGGCGAAGUUGCUGAUUCGGAUGUUCUCGAGACACCAGCUCCUCUCCUAGAUGAGCCACGGGAUGGACGGCCAAGCCCACUACAAGAGCUGGAGCUGGAGCAGCGGUUACCUUCGCCAACUCCAGAAUCACCCAACAUCCAACAAGACGAGCCCGAGCCCGAGCCCGUCCUUCCAAAUGACCCAGUGCAGCCAGCGCCCCAACCAGGCCCCCAAGCGCCUCAAUCCCCAACGCAUGUUGAAAGACAACAGCCCCUACACCCCCGCUUCACCGCACGUACCGAGGCUGAAUCAUUCGCACUGCGACUAGCCUGGAACGAAGUAUCCAUCGAAGAAACGACACUCGGGGUAUUGCGAGCCCGGCGUGUGGUAGCUGCUCUUCAGAACGAAGAUCCGCUACAGCAAGACAUCCUCAGACUAAAUGUUACUGAGCAGGAACAUCGUCUUUCUCUGGCAUACGGGAGAGCGAUGCGUCUCGGAAGACCGCAGAGAGUGGGUGAGACGGUUGGGCCGGGUGGGGGUGAGCACAGGCAGAGACGGAGUGGUGAUGGCGGAGGUGUGGAAGAAGGACGAGACCAGAACCGAGAAGGUGGAGCUGGGGAGGGUGGAGAUGAUGAAGCGGGCGCUAGGGAAGGAGAGGGUAACGGAGAAGGUGACGAGAACGGAGGGGCAGCCUAG